AUCACUCUCAAUGAUACCACCAUGGGAUGCUCAGGGCUGUUGAUUUUGGGCUUUGUCCUAAAUGUGUCUCAAUGCUUGGACAUGCUGGAUAUGGAGGAGGACAUGGAGAUUGACCAUAACGUCACUGGGAUCCUUGGAGAGGAUGUCUUCCUCCGCUGUCAGUACCUGGGACAGAAUGACAUCACAGACGCCUCAUGGAAACGCCCAGACUCUAGAAUGAAGCGAUCGAUGAAGAAAUUAACAGGCUACAAGAACAACAAGGCUUUCAGCAAAGACUCAGACUUCUCCGCCCCAGCCUCUCCCACCAAUCUGACUGUGAAGAUGAGGGUGUCUACUCUGGAGGCCCAGGGGGAGUACACAUGUGUGUUUGCCACCGAUGAAGAGGAGAUCACUAACAGCAUGUUUCUCACUGUCCUGGCUCGACCUGAUAUCCACACAGUGGUGACAGAGAACACAGACAACGCUACCCACUACCAGUCAGUCACAUGCUCAGCUACCAAUGGUAAACCUAUGGCUCUGAUUCGCUGGGAGAUCAACGGCAGCCCUCCUACUAACAAUUCCUCUGUGGGGAUGAGGAACACCAGUUAUACCAAUGGCACUGCCACAAUGACCAGCAUCCUCCGCUUCCCCACCCACCUACAGGACCAGGACAGGGUGACCUGUGUGGUCCAGCACCCAACCCUGCCUGACCCCACCACACAUGUCACAGUGAGGGUGGAGACAUUUGUGGCUCCCAAUGUGACCAUUGAGACAUACCUGGUUCUAGAGGACGGGGAAGAGUUCUGGGUGGUCACCUGUGGUGCUGCUGGAGGGCGACCCCGAGCUGACAUUACCCUGGUGCUGCCCGAUCAGGAGGCCAGUUCCAUGUUAAAGAAGGAGGUUGUCAUGGAUGCAGCAGACACAUUGGUCAGGUCAUACCGCUUCCCAGCUGAGCUUCAUGAAGGGAAGAACAUCACCUGCCUGUUUGACCACCCCAAGUUCCCACACAGAGCGCUACGGACCGUCACUUUGCCGGCAUUCUAUCUGUCUGCUGUUCGGCUGCUGAACCCAGGGUUGGCAGACAGCAGCAACGAGAGCCAGGCUGUAGAGUCAGUGGUUCUGGAGGAAGGACAGAGCAACACCACCAUCGGCCUAGAGGUCAUUGGGGAUGUACCACGUUACAGUAUAGUAUGCACCAAAGAAGAGCAGUCUCUCCCUGAAGGUGUGGCGGUGAUUGGCAGUGCUCUAACCCUGCAGGGUCCUGUGGAGCUCUACCAUGCAGGGCUGUAUGAGUGUGAGGCCUCCUACCACAGCCACAGGGCAUCUGUACAGCUGGACAUUACCGUUAACCCACAAGUCAAGCAGCCUGCUCCUCCUAACAUCACCAUCCAGUCCAGCUCUGAGUGGGAGGAAGACGUAGCAUACACACUGGUGCAGUGCACUGUGGACAGUGUUGGACCUGCUGCCACCAUCUCCUGGAGUCUUGGAGACAGGGACAGUGACAAUAGUACCAGUCAGCUCACGGAGGUGCAGGAACAGGUUCAGGGGCAGCCUGAGCUCCAUGCCAAUGGCUCUGUGACGGUACGCAGUAUGUUGAGGUUCCCCACUUCCAUGUUCUCUGGUCAGAAUGUUACCUGUGUGGUGCAUCACCUGGGUCUUGAGAGGCCAGAGAGAAGGGGGAUACUGCUAUGUGGACUGGAGUCCCCUGUGAUGCGUGUUUUUGUUGCGAGGCAGAGGGGAUCUCCUCUGUGGCUGGCUGUGUGUGAGUACAGAGGGGACAGGCUCGGAGCACACCUCUCUUGGGUUCUACCUGACAACACCACAGGCCACAUCUCCUUCCGGUCUGGGUAUGAAGGAGUGAGAGUGCUAAUCAACCUCACCUAUGAGUUCCCACUGGCCCGCCACGAGGGACAAAACCUGAUCUGCCUCAUUCAAAAUCACCAUGGACUAAAGGAGAGGAGGACAGUCCAUGUCCCCAGAUACUACAUCUCAUCUGUCAGAGUACUGAACCAAACCACUCCCCUGUACAAACCUUAUGGAGAUGAGUUUGUUAUCCACCGAAUGUCCCUAAAGGAGAAUUUCCACAACCAGAGGAUCCUGCUCAAAGUCUAUGGCAGUGUGCCAACAUACAGCCUUACCUGUCACAGAAAUGACGGUACAUUGGUCCAGAUGGAUGGCCGGGCUCUGUUGUUCCAAUCAGAGGUCACAAAGCGGGAGGCGGGCCUCUACACCUGCCACGCCUCUUUCUACCACCAUCAGGCCUCGGUCCUCAUUCAAGUGGAGGUCACCAGUGAAGAUCAACAGCUCAGUGAGUGUACACUCACCUUAUCAUGCAUCAGUGAAACAACAAUAUUGAUAGUCUUCAUCGUCUGCUUCUCCUCGGCUGCAGCCAUCACGAUCCUCCUCAUCGUCACUCUGUGUGUUUUCUGCAAAAUAAAUGGAGGAGACCGCCCAGCAUCUAAGAAGCGGGAGUCACUGGCACCCUUGACCUCUCUGACCCAGGAACUGUGCUCUCCAGAGCUGAGGAAGGGGAAGGCAGCAGUGACAGUACCAGGAGGAGGAGGCCAGGAGUACAACCAGCUGCUCAGCUACUCUAUUGUCAUUGAUGCCAGAUCCACUGUGUAAACAACAGGGUGUGUCCCCUACUGGCACCCUAUUCCCAAUACAGAGCACUACUUAGAGCACUACUUGUGCACUGUAUAGGGAAUAGGGUGCCAUUUGUGACUGAUUUAUUUUAUUUGCCAGUUUAAAAAACACAUACUCACAGUACAUGCAUUUAAAAAACUUGACAGGGAUAUCAGAGACUUAUUUCCAUUGUGGUCCCUAAAUUCCAUGGUGCAAAAACAUUACAACAUUACAUAGAUGCAGAUACAUUACAUAGAUACAGA